AUGGCCCUCUGCAAGAUCACAUCUUCAGGCGAGCUGUGUUCUCUCUUUCCACAGUGGGACUCCAUCAACGAGGUGGACGAGUCCUUCCAGCCCAUCCACACGUACCAGGUGUGCAACGUCAUGAGCCCCAACCAGAACAACUGGCUGCGCACCAGCUGGGUGCCCCGCGAUGGUGCCCGGCGCGUCUACGCUGAGAUCAAGUUUACCCUGCGUGACUGCAACAGCAUGCCUGGUGUGCUGGGCACCUGCAAAGAGACUUUCAAUCUCUACUACCUGGAGUCAGACCGCGACCUGGGUGCCAGCACACAAGAAAGCCAGUUCCUCAAAAUCGACACCAUUGCGGCCGACGAGAGCUUCACCGGCGCCGACCUAGGUGUGCGGCGUCUCAAGCUCAACACAGAGGUGCGCGGUGUGGGUCCCCUCAGCAAGCGCGGCUUCUACCUGGCCUUCCAGGACAUUGGUGCCUGCCUUGCCAUCCUCUCUCUCCGCAUCUACUACAAGAAGUGCCCUGCCAUGGUGCGCAAUCUGGCUGCCUUCUCGGAGGCAGUGACAGGGGCCGACUCGUCCUCGCUGGUGGAGGUGCGGGGCCAGUGCGUGCGGCACUCGGAGGAGCGGGACACACCCAAGAUGUACUGCAGCGCCGAGGGCGAGUGGCUGGUGCCCAUUGGCAAGUGCGUGUGCAGCGCCGGCUACGAGGAGCGGCGGGAUGCCUGUGUGGCCUGUGAGCUGGGCUUCUACAAGUCGGCCCCUGGGGACCAGCUGUGUGCCCGCUGCCCCCCACACAGCCACUCUGCAGCCCCCGCCGCCCAGGCCUGCCGCUGUGACCUCAGCUACUACCGUGCAGCCCUGGACCCACCAUCUUCAGCCUGCACCCGGCCACCCUCAGCACCAGUGAAUCUGAUCUCCAGUGUGAAUGGGACAUCGGUGACCCUGGAGUGGGCCCCUCCCCUGGACCCAGGUGGCCGCAGUGACAUCACCUACAAUGCCGUGUGCCGCCGCUGCCCCUGGGCACUGAGCCACUGCGAGGCGUGUGGGAGCGGCACCCGUUUCGUGCCCCAGCAGACGAGCCUGGUGCAGGCCAGCCUGCUGGUGGCCAACCUGCUGGCCCACAUGAACUACUCCUUCUGGAUUGAGGCUGUCAAUGGUGUGUCCGACCUGAGUCCUGAGCCCCGCCGGGCUGCUGUCGUCAACAUCACCACUAACCAGGCAGGUAGGCGGAGACACUCCGUGCCCCAGCUUCCCCGGUCCCAUUCCCACCCUGGGAUUGGAGCAAGGCCACAGACUUGCUGUGGGCUUCUGGGCGAGUGGCUGCCUCUCCUGGCCCUGUGUUCCUCACCAGGACAUGGAGCUAGGGGCUCUUUGUGCCCUUAGAAACGUAGAACACGUUCAAUGAGUGGGAGGAAUCUAAAAAGCACAGAGGCAGGCUAGUGUGGCUGUUAGAGGCUGGGUUCCAGAACGUUCCCUCUCUGCACCCGUUUCCUCCCUGGUGCGAUGGGAAUAGUAGUACCUACCUGAGGUACUGGCGUGAGGUUUAAAUGAGAGAAAUGAAAGUGCUUAGCCCAGCACCUGGCCCUUGGUACAUGCUCAAUAAAU